AAGUAAAAGAUUGGAACCGCUUCCAUUAAUGGGGGGUCAAAUUCAGAACCCAAUUUUCUUUGUGGGUUUUUGGGGUUGUUAUUCUUGUCUUUCAGUCUCUUUCAUUUCUUCACCAUUUCUAUUAUAUGGAUAGAUAGAUAGAGUGGACCCUCUUUCUCAUUCAUUUCUGCGAGAUUUGUGAUGGGCCUUUACGUGGGGGUUUGGCUCUUGAUUUGAUUACUUCAUCUCCACGCCUUAUUUAUUUAAUGCCGAAAUCCGUACUGUUUCUUAUAUCAGGAGGAUCCUUUCUUUCUUUGCCUUACUUGGGUUUCUGUCGUUCCCUUCUAGCUGUAGAAUAGCAAAGCCAGUUAUUCAUUCAUUCAUUCUUUCCUUCCUUCAUUCAUCUUCUGUGCAAAUCACUAGCAGGAAAGUAGUCAGAAAAUUUUGCAGCUACAUCUUCUGGGAUCCCAAAUUCAUUUUCCCAUUCAACAAACGCACACAAUCAUUUUAGAAAGUAACAAAAUGAGUUUCCUAUCAGGAUCUUCAAGAAAUUCUUGGCAGCCAAUAAUGACUGGCAAUACCACCACUCCAAGCUACUGGCUCAACUGGAGGGUCUUGCUCUGUGCCAUUUGGGUAUUAAUGUCAAUGGUUUUUGCAUCCUGUCUCAUCUCCAAGUACGAAAAUCGAGCGAGAGAUUCGGGUAAUGGAGAUGGAGGAGCAGAGGAAGAAGAAGAGCCUGCUGGAAUUCUGUAUGAGGAUGAAGUUUGGAAGCCAUGUUUGAAAGGGAUUCAUCCUGCUUGGUUGCUGGCUUUUCGGGUUCUCGCCUUCUUCACGCUCUUGAUCCUACUGAUCCUUAAUAUUGCUGUUGAUGGGGGUAGCAUAUUUUACUUCUACACUCAGUGGACGUUUGCACUAAUAACGAUUUAUUUCGGGCUUGGAUCAUUGCUGUCCAUGUAUGGAUGCUACCGACACCACCGCAAUAACGCGGUUGGUGAUGGAACCAACAACCGGGAGCUUGAUGCCGAGCAUGGAAGCACUGCAGCUUCUAGGCGUCUGCCAAAUCCCAACGGCGCAAAACACUUGGAACCCAGUCGACAAACCAGUGCUCGGCGAGUUGCAGGGUUCUGGAGCUAUGUUUUUCAGAUCAUUUUCCAGAUGAAUGCAGGUGCUGUGGUCCUCACCGACUGUGUUUUCUGGUUCAUUAUAGUACCAUUCUUGGUAAUCAAAGAUUACAACUUGAACUUUCUGAUAAUCGACAUGCACACGAUCAACGCUGUUUUCCUCCUCGGUGACACUGCUUUGAACUGUCUGCGCUUCCCUUGGUUUCGAAUUGCAUACUUCUUCCUCUGGACGGCUGUUUAUGUCAUCUUCCUGUGGAUCAUCCAUGCCUGCUUCGCGCUCUGGUGGCCAUAUCCAUUUCUUGAUUUGUCAUCUUCAUUUGCUCCUCUCUGGUAUUCAUCUGUGGCUUUGAUGCACAUUCCAUGCUAUGGAAUCUUUGUUCUGGUGGUGAAGAUGAAGCACUUUCUGCUCUCAAAGUGGUUCCCUCAGUCCUACCAGUGUCCAAGGUGAACCGGGUUCGACCCGGUCCGGUUUUCGGGCCCUCCAAACAGCUGAAAAUUUCCAUACACAGGCAGAGAAGAAGAAGAAGAAGAAGAAGAAGAAGAAGAAGAAAACAGAAGUUACUAAAUUUUGAUUAAAAAUAUUUGCAAACAGUUAUACUUUGAAAUCAUUUUUGUUCUGUUCAUAUAUAAGUGGAAUGAAAAUAUUACUGUACGUAUACAGCCAUGGAAGGAGAAAAAAUAUACAGAAAUCCUUUUACUUUUUACACUCAUUAAAUUACAUUGUUAGUCUUUAAAUUUUACAUUUUGUAACAAAUUAGUUAUUUUAUUGUAAUUUUUCUCAUCACAGCCAUGAAUCUUUAAUUUUUGUUAGAA